AUGGACCACCUCAUCGACCUCUUCAUCACCACCCCCACGUCCUCUAACAAACAAAUCGUCUCUCUCGGCGCUGGCACCGAUACGCGCUUCUUUCGCCUACGAGACAAGUACCCCGACGAGCACAUAGUCUACCACGAGCUCGACUUCCCCACCAACACCGCCGCAAAACUCUCCUCCAUCCAGCGCUCCCCCGAACUCCAAGACGCCCUUGGCGCCUCCCACUUCGCCAUGCUCUCGCACGGAACUUCGUACCACAGCACCCGGUACAACCUCCACGCGCUGGACCUGCGCUCCCUCGCGAUCGCCACCCCUGAAACCCUCCCAGAAUUACCCAACCUCAACCCAAACAGACCGACACUCAUCCUUUCGGAAAUGUGUCUGGUCUACCUCCAACCCUCCGUCGUUGAGAGUAUCAUGCACACCUUCCUCACACACUAUCUCCGCCCUAGCACUCCCGCCUCCAUUGUACUCUAUGAGCCUAUCCUCCCACACGACGCUUUCGGCCGCACCAUGAUAUCCAAUCUCUCCACCCGCAAUAUCGCACUGCCCACCCUUCUCUCCUAUCCUGAACUAGGCGACCAGCGUGCACGGCUGAAGCAGUACGGUUUCGUAGACGGUGCUAGGGCGGCGGAUACGGAGUUCAUAUGGCGGGAGUGGGUGAGCGAGAAAGAGAAAGAGAGGGUCGCGGGGCUAGAGAUGUUAGAUGAGAUGGAAGAAUUGCACCUGUUGUUGAGGCACUAUUGUGUGUGUUGGGGAUGGAGGGAUGGACAUAGCGACGCGGGCGAUGACGAGGUCUUUUCGAAGGCGUGGAGUGAGGUUAGGGAGAUGGGAUAG